ACACAUAUUAUAUUGUCGCCAAGCUUAUAGAAACAAAAACAAACAAAAAAAAAAAACAGAAACAGAAAGAGAACACAGUGAAAGAGUUUGAACUUUGAACUUUUGAAGUUGAAGUUGAUGGCUUCGCUUAUAGAACCCGAAACCCCAUCAGAGAACAUCUACAUACCAGAGGAAUGGUCCGAUGCCGCAGACUCCAUUGCUUACGAUUCUAUCACUUCGCCGCCUCCCAUUGCUCUUGUCUGCGGCGCCAAAAACUCUGGCAAAACCACCUUCUCUCGCUACCUCCUCAACAUCCUUCUCCAAAGGUAUAAGAAAGUAGCUUAUUUGGAUACAGAUGUUGGUCAACCUGAGUUUACACCUCCUGGUUUUCUAUCCCUCACAAUAGUUGACCAAUUAACUCCAGAUUUGACAAUCCCAUGUCUGAAGACUCCAGAGAGAUGCUUCUUCUUCGGUGAUGUGUCUUCAAAAAGGGAUCCAACAGUGUAUUUGAAUGCUAUAUUUUCCCUAUGUGAUUACUAUCAAACGGAGUAUUGCUUGUCGAACAAGAGUAAAAACCCUACUAAGACUGAAUUGCCUCUUGUCAUAAAUACUCCUGGCUGGGUGAAAGGUGUUGGUUAUGACAUAUUGGUGGAUAUGUUGAAAUACAUUGCUCCCACCCAUGUAGUUAAAAUAAACAUAUCCGCUGAGAGUAAGAAUCUACCAGCUGGGGCAUUCUGGUUAGAUGAGGAUAAGGAGAUGGUUAAUCUAAUUGAGAUCAAUUCAGCUCGUCAGGAUUCUUACAAUAGAUCGGUGCUUGUGCAAAAGGAUGCACGUUCUUUGCGGGAAUUUCGUAUAAUGGCAUAUUUCAGGCAGUGCUUUCCUAGUAACCUGAAUAUUACCACAAUCAAAGAACUUGCGCAUGCAUUAGCUUCGCACCCUGCUUAUGAAGUUCCAGUAUCAAGCGUCAAGAUCAGGCAUCUUCAUUGUGAGGUCCCAAGUUCCGAGGUAUUCUACAGUUUGAAUGCAACUCUCGUUGGCUUGGCAGUUAGCUCUGAAGGCUCUGAAAAUUUACCUUUGAGUGUUGGCCUUGGGAUAGUGAGAGGCAUUGACACUUUUAAAGGUUUGCUAUAUGUAAUCACACCUGUCCCUCAGAGCACUCUGGAAAAAGUCGAUCUCUUUCUGCAGGGAUUUAUCCAAAUUCCUACUGGCUUAUUGCAGGUCCAGGGAUGCGUUUCGCCUUACAUGUCUGCAAAUGUUUUCUCUACAAGCUAGGUCUUAUUCUACUGAUGAUAUCCAAGUAUAUUCUUUUCGGAUUUCCUUUGUGGUUAUCUUCUUUUAGGAUCUCCUUUACAGUUAUUCAGCUAAGUUAUGUCCCAACCACGCAAGAGAUGGGUUGCAUAGUGGCUGCAGAAGCCAGUCUUAAAUUAUUUUAAUAGACAUCAAAGACUCUGUUACUCUCUUGUUUGAUUAAAAUUUUGAUCUUAAGUAUUAUUUUAAUCUCUUAUAUGUAAUGGUCAUUAAAUUUAUUUAUCAGAAUUACUUUGGCUCAAAAAAUACUCCUACACUUGUUUGACGCUCGAUGAGCUUUAGCCAUUGCUAGCCUUGCUAUCUUUUAUUAAUUACAAGAUUAUCUUUAAUUGUUAGGAA